AUGGAAGACCACAGCAGUGCCAUUUCUCUAUCGCCGCUUACUCCUCGGAGUGCGGUGAGUUCACACCUAGAGUCCGAUGUCAGCUCUGAAGAUGAAACGUUAGGACAUUCCGGUUCCCAUCUGCCCACGGAUUCUGCUGGUGUACAUCACGAAGAGCAGGAGGAACUUCCGCCGUACUCGCGCGCUCCCCCAAAUCAACAUGCGGGAAUAAGAGGUGGAGAUGGCACGACACUUCGUCACUCAGUCCUUGCGCUGUUUCUCACCAUUAUCUACGCAGCGCUGGCACUAUACUCCUGGGUUAUACUGGCUCACCUCUCGUUCCGUCCGAUCUACAACCGCUCAUGGCAAGCAUACACGAUUGACACUGAAUACUCUUUUUGCGACUCUUUGCUGGAUCCGAUGAGCUACGCGGGGGAUGCGCAGUUCUAUCGCUCUGCGCAGAUUAUCCAGAGCAUCGUUAGCGUGCUUACACUUCCGUUGAUUGCGGCCGUGUGUGCUAGUGCCGCGGUUGUUUUUGUGCAGAACCAAAAGGAUGGGAUGAGCAUGAGCAUGCGCCAUGUUAUGGCCCUGGCCGAUAAUCGGUGGAUGGAUCUUUCUCUGGUCAAUGAUGUAUUACAGGUUGGCUGGAAGCGAUGUGGCAGCGCCUUGCUAAUCCUGGGCGUCUUCCUCCACUUCAUCGGCGCAAUUGUCUACCCCAUCCAGUCCAUUUUCCUGACAAGCAAACCUAUUUACGUCCCUACCUUCUGCAGCCAGCCGUACACAGGGGGCGAUAUUGGCGCUCUUUCUUCUACAUCGUCAAACGGCGACUCGGCGGUCCGCGGCAUGGAUGUGGUGAUGGUCCGCAGUGCUCUCCAAACGGCAGAUUUCAAUACAUUCUUUCCCCAGCUGUGGCAGAGGAAAGGCGGACAGCAGUUCAACACCUUCAGCAGCUUUGCAGAUAUGACCGACCCUUUCUAUGCCGAGGUGCCCACAGGGUUCAACACGGGAGUACUACGCCAGUUUGCCCCACGAGUCAACUCUAGCACCACAUCCAGCAGUAUCGAAGCGGCCCAGUGGCCGGCCAAUUGUGACCUUAUCGACAACGCGUUCUUCGCUAGCUACUCAGGGGUUUUUGACGGAGAUUAUAGCUGGGUAGUCACCGCCUGUAUGCCGGCGGAUGUCACCCAGUCCCCCUGGAGCUCAACCCGAGACCGUCAAGAGUUCACUGAGACCUUGUAUCUCAAUAUAUCGGUCCCUCAAGCGAUCCAAUACGAAGGUACGCCCACUGGAGGUGCGCUGUUCGAAAUCAAUGUCACUACGACAGCAGGGUAUUUUGAGUUGCCUAAUUACAUGAACGACGAAAUUCCAGGCCCAUUGCUCGAGAGUGAUCCCACAAUUAGUCUCUGCGACGCGGAUUGCAUUCAACAAUACACGUAUAUGACUGCGAAAAAGCGCGUGCGCCGCUCCCGCACUGGCACUGACAACACUACCAUCCCUUCAAACAAUGGGCUCACGACGAUAAACAAAGGCCCGCUGCUGACGACAGCGUAUGCCAUGUUCGGCCCAGGCUCUUUUAUCGAGACUCUUCCUGCAGAUUUCAGCGUCAUCGGGGACAACUUCCCAGGCAGCGAGGUGGGCGACCUUACCACUUCCGACGUCGACGCUUGCGUCGCGCUCGCACCUGCCAUGAACCUUUUCAGCAGUUCCUCGGAUGUCUUCGGCGAUAAAUUCGACAACUGCAUUUCCAUCAACUUCGUCGAACUUAGCGACUCCCGUGACAAUGCCCAACAAUUUAUUGGAGACUGGCUUGUCGCUAUAUACACGAACCCUGGGCAAAUACCCAAUGCAUUCACAUCCGCUGCCUUCCUCUCCAACAAACAUCUCAUUGAGUCCAUGGAAGCCUCGUGGACUAUCAGCCAGGAUCUCGGGUCCGAGAUGGAAAUCCCCGGCAUCAGCCUCGGAGGCGUCGUCGUCGUCUCAGUGCUCAUGGGCCUGUACCUCCUCCCACUACUGGCGUUAGCGUUAUACGCGAGUCGAUAUCCGCGUUGGACACGCCGACUGGAUUCGUUCGCCAUGCUGCGGCUCGGCGCGUCGAUGGGCAAAGAAGUCUUCCCGAUGCUCGUUGCGUACGACAAAAACGCUAUCAAGGAGCUUGAUGAGAUCCCCGGUGUUGUUCGCGACAUUGGUCAUUCUUCAGGGACCGAAAUAAUCUCCGUUGCGAGUAUUGGUCUUGGGGGAGGGAAGCCGUUGCAGAAAUUGAGGAGGUAUCAGUGCUUUGAAGGAGAUGAAGAACCUUUGAACAUCGCGGAGCGUAUCCAAAUGCGUCGAAGUGCUAAUGCAUAA